GAAAAAGUAUAGACAGUGAGUGAGAAAAAGCUGCAUCAAAACUUUGGAAGGAAUGCCAAAAUCAUACAUCUCAAUUCAAUUCUUUUUAUUCAUUUCGAACUGUCUAUGUACCACUCAACUGUUUGCAAGAUGUCCAUCUCUGACCCAUAUAAGAUGCUUUGAUCAGCUCACUUGCAUUAGAAAAUCCUGGAUGUGUGAUGGAAAAAUUGAUUGUCCUGAUCAUAGUGAUGAACUUCCAAACAUUUGUUUGAAACGUAACUCCUAUAACAAAUUGCAACUUCAAGAUGUAUCGGUUGGAUUGAAAUGUCCUAGUUUCUGGUUUCGUUGUACAGACUCGAGCUCUUGUAUUGCUCCAAAUCGUGUUUGUGACAAGUACAAAGAUUGCAGAGACGGAAGUGAUGAACGUGAGAACUGCAAUCAACCACUAGGUACUCCGAAUACCACAGUAAUCUACUGAUUCCAAUUAACCUCAAGUCCUCACAAAUUCGUGUUGUUUCAUAAUAAACCCAAUUGCAAUUCCGUU